GGGUGGGCCUGAUCUGGCAGAGUAAUUUGCUAGCUGAGUUGUGUUUACCUCCCGUCCGGCGGAACGGCCCCAUGCUGAAUACUAAUAGCAUUACAACACGUGCGAGGAGCGGCACCGCUGCCGGGGAGGGUGAGGGUAAUUGAGGUAUGGACGGUUAGGCAGCAGGCCAGGUACAGGAAGUGGACUGCUGCUCAUUUGAUGAAUGAGAGUCGCCUGGAUUCAAGGAGUGGGGUACUUUUCCGGUGCGGUGCUGCUCAGGUAGUCUGCGGACUGACUGUAUGUGUGUGGCUUCAGUUGCUUCUUCAGCUGCGUACAGGCUGCAGAGAUCUGUCUGUCCGAGGCUGUGUGCACAAGGCAGCUGUGGCGGAAGAGCUACUUUUUUUCUCUUUGACGGGGACGCCAGUUAAAAGUUGAGCAGAGUAACCAGCCUUUCGGACCUGCACCGCCGUCAGCUCGUUCGCUUUGGACAUGAACAGGGUCUGCUACACACUGCUGGCAGGCUGAUGGUGUACAGUUGGAACCACCAACCAGACAAUGUUGCACGCUGCAGACUGGUUGAUCAGGUUGAUUGUAACCGGAAUCAUUUUCAGCUUACAGAGGGAUGCUGGUAUUGUUACUGGAAAUGCAAGCGGAUCGGUAUCGAACCGGAUGAAACGUCAGAUUGCUGACACCUUUGCAGAAGACCAGCCUCAUGGCUUGUGGGGCAACUGGGGUCCUUGGACUGCAUGCACUAGGACCUGUGAUGGUGGAGUAAUGCACCAGACCAGACCCUGCCUUCCUCAGACAAACCGGAGAAGUCAGUCUACAUUCCAGUUUGCAAGAGGAGAUCAGCCCCUACUGGUAUAUCGCGUCCCUCACGGGCAAGUGCUGUCCACCAUUCGUCAUUCUGUACCUCUUCAUCGGAGUUCAGCCAGCAGGCUACCUGGAAGCAGCAUCAACCAAAUCUAUCAGACCUCUAACAGGGGAUCACUCAACACAGAGAGAUCAAGGAGGUUGCGGGCUAGAGCUUCUUUUCAAAGUACUUCCUCACACUUCCAACGCUCUAACCCAGACCAGGACGAUUCAUUCCACUCAUAUCAGCAUCAGACAAGCGUGAGAAUGCUAAGAGACUGGGGACAGUUCUAUCAGCCUCAAACUGAAGAUUUCCACCAGAGGGGUGUGCCACAGCCUUUCCAGCCACAACUUGGAACCCAAGCUCAAACUGAUGAAGAAACUCAGACAGAGCGACCUGCAAAGCAACAGCAGCACAGAGUCUCAAGGAGCCCCGCCGGUUUCAGUUGUUUUGGUGCUUACAGACAGUCUAAGUCAUGUAACCCUCAGCCCUGCCCAGCUGGGAGUCGAGACUUUCGGGAGGUGCAGUGUUCAGCUUAUAAUGACAAAGCUUUUACGGGAAAAUAUUAUGAAUGGGGACCUUUUACUGAUGUUACAGAUGAGCAAAAAUGUGAGCUGAACUGUAAAGCCAUUGGGUACAAAUUCUACAUACGCCAUGUCUCUCAAGUCAUUGAUGGAACGUCUUGUGAACCCGGUUCUUUGAACGUUUGUGUCAGUGGACAGUGCAAGACCGUUGGCUGUGAUGAGAUACUGGGCUCCAACAAAGUCAUGGACAGAUGUGGUGUUUGUGGAGGUGACAAUACCACAUGCAAGGUGAUAUCUGGAACCUUCAAGCAAUCCAUCAUGUCCGUGGGAUACCACAAGAUUCUCGAAAUUCCUGAAGGAGCAACACAAAUUAACGUCACUGAGAUGACCAAAAGCAGAAACUAUCUGGCUUUGAGAAGUCACUUUGGCCAACCUAUCAUUAAUGGAAACUGGGCCAUAGAUCGGCCAGGCUCUUACGAGGCCGCAGGAACUUUAUUCAAGUACAAGAGGCCAAAUGAGAUAAGUACCACAGCAGGGGAAUCCUUCAUUGCUGACGGACCAACCAGUGAAAUUCUGAAUGUCUACGUGAUAUAUCAACAAGCAAACCCCAAGGUGCAUUUUGAGUAUGUUUUGCCAACUGACAAUGUAGUCAGCAGCCAUUCACUGUCACAUACAUCAGGGCACCAUUUAGAAGAAGCUCUCAAUGGUCAGUUGUCAUACGGAGUUGAUGGUGAAAUGUAUGUGCUACGCGAAAAAGAGGUGGGAAACUUUGUAAGUGGGGUCCAUGCAAAUCAGCUGCAAUCCGGAAAUUACCAGAAGAAUCCCGAAGAAAGGCUGAACUCUUGGGGAGAGGGGCCAAGGAAAAAGAGGGAAUUCAACUGGAAACUAUUUGGAAGCACAGAAUGCACUGUAUCUUGUGGUACAGGGAGCCGUGUUCUCAUUUUUAAGUGUGUUAACAGGAAUACUCAUGAAGAAGUAUCAGAAAACUUGUGUGAAAUUGCAAUGAGACCAACACCGGAGGAAGAAGCUUGCAACAUCCAGCCUUGUCCAGCUUAUUGGGACCUAGGCGAAUGGUCCGAAUGCAGUAAGACAUGUGGGCCUGGGAUACAACAUCGGCAAAUUCUCUGCAGACAGGUCUAUGCCAAUCGAACGACCAGUGUUCAGCCUGAGAGAUGCCGGCACUUGGAGAAACCGGAAACUACAGCUACUUGCCAGCUGAAAAUCUGCAGUGAAUGGCACAUCAGGACAGAGUGGAGUGAGUGCUCAGUGCCUUGUGGUGUGGGGCAAAGACUCAGGGAUGUGAAGUGCAUUGACAACCUCGGCGAUAUAGUUGAUGAUGAAGAAUGCAACAUGCAGCUGAAGCCUGUGGAUACCGAAAACUGUGACAUGGGCCCAUGUGCAAAGAGUUGGUUCCACACGGAUUGGAGUCCAAGGUGUUCUGCAGAGUGUGGAAAUGGCAUCCAGACAAGAUCAGUUGUGUGUCUGAUGAAUCACAUCAGCAGUUUACCUCUGGAAGGCUGUGGAAAUGAGAAGCCAGCAGAUGUCCGGCCUUGCAACAUUGGUCCUUGCAAUGAAAAUUUUAGCUGGUUUACAGGACCAUGGAGCCAGUGCUCAGCAGACUGUAGUAAUGGUACACAACUGCGAAGUGUAGUUUGCCUGGAAAAGACCGAUGACAAAGUUAUGGUGGCAGAAGAUGUUCAGUGCUCCCAUCUACAGAGACCAGCUUCAGAGCAAAUCUGUCAUCUGAGGAAAUGUGACGUCAAAUGGUACACAACGGAGUGGAGUGCAUGCUCUAAGUCCUGUGAAAGUGGUUACCGGGUUCGGGAGGUUCGAUGCCUUGCAGAUGACAUGACACAAAGCAACAAUUGCGAUUCCUUCCUAAUGCCAGUCGACAGAGAAAUUUGCAACACCGACCCGUGCAUACCAGAGAUAGAUGAGAAGUGCAGGGACAUGUACUUCAACUGUAAUGUCGUGGUUCAAGCCAGACUCUGUGUCUAUACGUACUACAAAACAGCAUGCUGUGCAUCUUGUGCCAAGGCCAGAAGAAGAGCAGCCCAGCUCAGAAAGAGAUAACUCCCCUCUUUCACCAGCCAGACUCCCUCACAGAUCGUGAUGCAGUUACAUUAACCAUAGGAGCACUUGCAGACUCUACUGUGUUGACAACAUCAUAAUUGUAAAGAAAGAUGGUCAAAAUUAGUAUGAUGUGGCUAGUUUAUAAAGAAUAAAUAUACUGUAUAGUAUUAAUAUAAUCUUAUACCAUUAUCAUACUGGUCUUUGGUCAAAAUACUGAUUUUCUUGUUAGUUUACUGUUUUAGAUAAUAUGAAAUGCAUCUACAAGUGAAUGAAAUGUAUUCACAAUAGGUUUUGGGAUCUCCCUUUGUGGAAGUAAAACCUAGGAUGUAGAAAUUUGUCCUCCACUGUUUGCGUUGACAUGCAGCGUAGUAAUGUAUGUGAACUGAAUUUCUCUUUUGAAACCCUGUCCCAUUGAACUACCUGGGACCAAAUUUGAGAAAUGGGAUUCAAAGGGCAUUACUACAUCAUACAAAUAGAAGAGGAUAACUCUCAUGUUUCAGAAGGCUGGUUAGAGAAAGUAUACAAGGCAUCUCAAUAACCUCGUCCUAUUUCUUGAUCAAAUUUCUUCUUUAACAUGGUUUUCAAUUCAAGGUUCAUCCAUAGAUUAACUUUUAAUUACAUCUAUUGACUGGAGAAUUAUCCCAUAAAGCAACUUUUCCAACUCUAUGGAGUUGUACAGUAGAAACCUGCUUUCCUCCAUUUCCUUAUGCACACAUUUCACCUAUUAGCAUUUAACUUCAUAUCUGGAUAUUCAUCAGAAAAUUACUAGCAUAAGCUUUCAAUGUGAGCCAAUAAUAUCAGUUUGAAAUGACAGUGAUAUUGUCAGGAUCAGUAUGGUCAGUUAACAUCAGAGCUGACAGAUUUCAAACCAAACCUCCCAUUUUUCACUAAACCAGGCAAACACUAAGUUUAAAGUCCCUUGAUGGGUUCUUUGCACAUAUUUCAGUGCAGUCAAGAGAUAAGUAAAGUGAUAUAUAUGCGAAGUGUUUACUUACUUUAAACAUGUCCUCUGAGAAUGUCAUAGGACUGAAGAAGUGCCAUUUUCCUUUAAUUGUGGUACUUUGUAUCCCACAGUACAUUAACCAUGAUUACUUUGACCUUGUUCACCUUUGCCAUAAAACCCAUGUCUCUAAGAGCCUUAAUGUUGUAAUUAAACUGUCAGCCUUCUAGUAAAUGGUGUAUUGAAGCCCAUCUCUCCAGUAUAUGAAUUCUUCAAUCAAAGCCCAUGUUGCUGAUGCAGUAACACUCCCAUUACACCACGAAAAGAAUUCUGAAUAAGUCUACUUCUAUUAACCUAGCUGACAAACUUUAUCUUUUUCUUCCUCAUGCUACUUUGCAUUAAAUCUUAAGGAGAUUGGUGAAAAGAAACAACAUCCCUGGCAAGAGAUAUAUUGGGGAACAGAGAAGUGCCAUAAACAUUAAUCAAAAUUUUAAUGUUUGCCUUCACAGUAGGAGUCUAAUCCAAGAAUCUUGGAAAGUCAAAUCUACAAGUCAGGAGAUGAGAAAAAUAAUUAUUAAAGUAGUACUAAAGAAAUGAAUAAGUUAAAAACCAAGAGUUCUCUACAACUGAUGGCCAGUACCAUCAGGCAUUAGAAGAGAUGGGUAGAUGUGUAAAGUUGUACAGCACAGAGGUAGGCCCUUCAACUCACCACUUCACCAAACUUUUGGCCCAAGAUAUUGGUUCUAGGGUUCCCUACAUUUUGGAAUUAAUGUACAGAUUGAAACUCCAGUAAGUGUAAAGUCAGUUAUCAGGAGAAUAGUCAACUUCAUUAUCAGAGGUAGAGUAACAGGACACCACAAUCAUAAGGUGAUUUCAGGGUCAAUGUGAAAAGUAAAUUGUAUUUGAGGGGUAAUAAAGGGGAAUUAGUGAAUGUGAUGUGUUUCGAUUUUCAAAGAGCUUUGAAUAGUGUGCCAUAUAAGAGGUUCUUGCAAAAGAACUAGGUCUCAUGGAUUUGAAGGUAAUAUACAGUGUGGACUGAAUAUUGGUUAACAGGCAGGAAGCAUAAACAGUUUCCAGUGUGAAGCCUCUGAUGUGCUGCAAGGAUCUGUGUUUACCUCAGCUACUUUCAGCAACUUGGAUGAGGAGGCUAAAUUUAAAGUGACUUACUCUGAUGACAAUGCAAAAGUAGAUGGAAAGGAAUAGGAACUUAGGUUAACUGGGUGGAAAUGCAUGUGUCAAAAGCAAACCACUUCAAACAGGAAACGUCAGAACCUUUAUUAAAAAAGAUGGAGACUGGGUAAUAUUAACAUUCAGAUACACCUGGUUCCUAAGAAAGUUAAAAUGCAGACACACCAUACGAUACGUUACUUUUAUUACAAAAGAAUAUGAGUUUAAAAUUAUGGAGUCUGAUUGAGACUAUACUGUAUAUGAAGUACAACAUACAUUUCAUUCCAAGGUUAAGAGCAAGGUUACAUUUGUCUUUCUGGGAGUCUAACAUAAAUUCAUUAGAUUAGUCUUUGAGAAGAAAUCUUACAAACUAGGUCAUAUUUCCCAAAAUACAGAAAUCUGACUGGUGAUUUGUUCUGAAAACAUAUGAAAUUCAAGAGGCUUGGCAGAUCAAAUGUUGCUAAGAUAUUACUUUAAGGUGGUAAGAAUGGAAAAGUUUCAGAACCAGACAUUGUCAAUAUAUCACUAACAGGAGGAAAAAUUUCUUCAUGCAGAGGGUUGUGAAACAAAGAAAUAAUCUUCCUCUGGGGUUUUGAGCAUUUUCAUAAAUAGUGUGAUAGAUUUUAGGAUAUCGAGGAAAAGGGGAAAUUUUAGAGCUAGAGAAUCAGGGAAUGGUUGUAGCAGAGAAGUAGGCAUUCGACCCAUCAUCUCCUUGUCAGGUCUCUACUCAAGCACUUCACAAGUUCCAGCCAAUAGCUUUUUUCUCUUAACUUUGCAAAUUUUCUUCAUCGUAUAUUUAUGCAAUUCCUUCUUGACGGCUACAAUGGAUCCUAGCUCCACAGUAUCUGUAGACGAUCCCAAAAAUAGACAAAGUAAUGAGCAUAUUCAAAGACCUGAAUGGCCUCCUCCUGUUCCUCGUUCCUUUUUUCCCCCUAAUGUUCCUGUGCUCUUAACCAAGAAACAUUCUAUAAUAGUUGGUGUCUGUACUAAUGAAAAAGUAAUUUUCAACCUUCAGAUGCAACAAAGCAGUUGUCAUGUUGUUGUUGUUUGAGUUGUAUGGAUGUGGUUACCAAUCCCAAAGUUAUUUCUAUGUCAUUGUCGUCACAGUGGGCUGAGGUAAUAAUUCGGAAAGGGAUAUAUCAGAACCUCUGUCCAUCUCUCACCUGGGGAUGCUCUGAGCCACAGAAUUCUCCCAUUGUGUCUCAGGAAAUGAUAGACUAGCGAAGGAGCAUAUUGGAAUGAGAUAGAAUGGCUAAACUUGUAGAACAAGAGGAAAUCCUUCAUCAUACAAACACACUAAUGCGUAAUGGAAUGGAGGAAAAAUCCAGUGUAAAGGAAGUGUGAAGAGCAGGAGAGGAUGACAGGAGUAUUACGGAAAAUACUGUAAUGGGGAACAAUUAUCUUUUUUUAUCUAAUUUAAUGGAGCUUAGUCAUUAUCACGUCCCUGUGUUCCAUUUGUAACUGUGCUAUUUCUAAUUCAGCAGAAUGACCACUUUCUUCAUCCUGGGAAAGAAAGAGUUAACUUAUGAGGAGUGUUUGAUAGCUUUGGACCAGUACUCAGCGGAGUUUAGAAGAAUGAGGAGUGAGGUAAUCUCAUUGAAAUCUAUCGAAUAUUGGAAGGACUAGGUCAAGUGGAUAUGGAGAAGUUAUUUCUUCAGUGGGGGAAUUCCCUAUACUUGGCCUUCAAGCCAUUGGAUAUAUUUAAAGUGAAGAUUGAUGGGUUCUUGAUUAGCAAGGGCAUCAAAGGUUACAGGGAGAAGCCAGGAGAAAGGGGUUGAGAGGGAUAAUAAAUCAGCGAUAAUGGAAUGAUGGAACAGACACAAUGGGCCAAAUGGUCUAAUUUUGAUCCUAUGUCUUAUGCCCUUAUCAUUCUCAUAAAUGGGAGCCUAAACUCUUUGAAAUCUUGUCCACUUGAUACACAAUGUACUAAUUUUUCCCAAUCACCAAAAUUAUCCUAGAGUCACCUUACAAUUUAACAUUGGAGACAUGAAUUAGGUUUAAUUUUGAAUGCUUGAGUUAUCUCAUCCACAGUGGGGAACCAUGCCUUUUGCUGCAAAUGAUUAACAAAUUCAAUGAGAUUGGCUGCCAAUACUAGUCCUUUGUAUAAGUAUAAGGUAGUAUCCUACAGCCCUUACCAACCAUAGUGGAUCCAGCAUUCUAUAAGAUGAUUUUCGCAAAACCGCUGCAUCUUUGAACAUCAGGAUAUCAUUAUAAAGAUUCUAAUCAUCACUUUAUCUUCCUCCAUGGCUUUAUUCGUCCUCACUUGGAUGAGCAUCUUCAACUGAGCACUUCAACCUAAAGUGUACCGAAACUUAUACCAAAUUUCUGUCCUAUUUGUAAUAUCAUUGAACCAUCAAGAAGCACAUUUAUUCAAUUGUUGCACCCCCUCCUCUCUGAAAUUCCCUUCUAAAGCUGCUUCACAGCCUUUUAUCUUUCCUUUAAAAACCUUUUAUAAAAUUUUCCUUUCCACUGCGGCAACUAACACUCUCUGCAUGCAUUUACCUGUUGCCCCAGGGCAAAUUCCGAUAUCGGGAAUUUAUGUGAAUGCAAGCUGCUGUUCAAGAUAUGUUAGCAAUGUGCAGACGCAGUACUCUACAAAAGUGGGCAGGGCAAAUUAUUUAUGGCAAUGCAGAUUGAUGAAGUGAGCUGAUGUGAUGUUUUUAUUAGUAUUACAAUUAGGAAUUAAGAUGCCACAAGCCACAACUGUGAAUGUCAGGAACUGAGGACUGAUUCAGUACAUUUGGCAGCAGUUUUGAACAUUUUAAUUUCUAACACAGUGUUUUUGUUCAGUAAGAUCUCUAUAUCCUGACACUUCUGAAAAAAAAAAUCAUUUCUGGUAUGGAAUUGGAAUAAUUAUUCAAAAAGCAUGAAGACAAUCGCCUCUCAGUUUCUUACUUCACAUUCCCUCCCCCGUCCACCCACUUUCCUCCUCAACUAGUCUUACCUAUCACCUGCCAGCUUGUACUGCUACCGCCCCCUCACCCACUUUCUUAUUCCAUCUUCUGUCACCUUCUUUUCCCGUCCUGAUGAAAGAUCUUAGUCCAAAACUCAGCUAUUUAUUCCUCUCUAUAGACGUUGCCUGACUUGCUGAGUUCGUCCAGCAUGUUGUGUGUGUGUGUGUGUGUGUUGCUCAAGAUUUCCAGCAUCUGCAGAAUCUCUUAAGCCUAAGCAUAAAGGCUAUUUCUAACACAAGAUAUGUAAGGGGUUCUUACUCAAAACUGGCAACAGCACAUUCACACUUGCAUAGUCACCUUAAUUUUUAACUGGAGAAUGGUGAGUGGACUAAGAAGAGGCAAUGGAACCCCUUUAGAAACUGAUCCCUAGGCACCUUUUAUCAGACAGUAUUUCAUCAAGGUGUGACAGCGUCACCCUCCACCUAAAGCUGACAAAAACCCUGGGAUACUCGUGGGUCCAAGGGAAUGAGGAGCAGCAAGGUGAGCAUUUCCUUCCUGUUAUGUUGACGCCAAAGAGAGGCAAUAGAGCGGACAGGCCGGAGAACAUCAGAGAAAGAUUAAUAGUGCAAAUAAAAGCCAACAUAAGUAUUUCUGGCCUCUGACUGACUGCUGACAUGUUUGAAGACACCAAGCCAAAUGUCAUUAAGAUCCAAUGCCACUGCAGUGCCACUGGGCUGCAAAGGGCCAGAAUCCAAAGUCAGCCCCUGCUGAAAGGUGGAUCUAUCUAGUGCUAUUUUCUGAGAUGAGUUACAAUGGAGAAAUGGGAAUUAUCCAGACAGAAUGACUUCACCUUGCUGUCCAUGCCAUUUUUCCAAAGCAGGUAGGGUUAAAGCGAGCCCUAUCAAAGACUUGUGAUCUGGUUGGAUUAUGAAGAGGUUGUUUUCGAUUUCCUUCUGUAUUGUGAUUCUGAGCCCCAUUCAUCUUGAUUAUUAAGAUGUGAUUCAUUGUUUGUCAACUGGUUUCCCAAAAGCUGUGAAUAUGUUCACAGCUGAAACAUUAGAUCUGUUGGUCAAAGCAAUCUGUGACUGUUCAAAUAAACUGAGCCAAAUUGGUCCUCGACAGGUAUUUCAUUUUAAUGUAAUCACUGUGCUGACACCAGUUACUGACGGGAACCCUUUGAUUAAAGCAGGCAGUUUGAGCAAACAGUCUAAAUGUAUUCCAGACUGUGGUGUGUGAAACAUGCUCUGAUUUUAAUAGUGUUGCCUUAAAAGACUUUGUGCUAAGAUGUGUUUCUUGUGUAAUUUGCUGUGCAGGAAAACAUGUUCUGGCUUAUUGCAGAAGCUUGGAAUGCUUUUGGAAACACUUACAGCAAAGCAGUAUUUUACUCACUGUUGUUGUUGGGCUUGAAUUGAAAAAUAUUAGUUAAGGGGUCUUAAAGAUUGUUUAUUUCUUAAAAACUUUACAUUACCAGUUGGGUUAGGUAUCAUCCAGUAAUAGUUAUACUUUUCCCCAUACGUGGCCCUGUGAUUUUCCUCGUCUGUGUUAGUCAGCGAUUCCUCUGAGUAUUACUCAAUUUCCUAGAUUUUGUUACUUGUUAUUGUAGCGCAGACCAGAAAUUUAUUUUACGACUGUGCCAGUUCCCCUAAUUUCUUGCUUAUGUUCUCUCCAGUCAUUUUUAUUCCUGGUCAUGUUAGAUGGCUUCAGACCAUAAAGUGAAUUUAUUCAAUGAGCCAUGCAGAACCUGGUGUCAAUUACUAUUUUAUAUUUCAUGUGCUCAUUUACUCCCUUCCUGUCCUGAAGAUGCAGAUUACUCAGCUCAGAAAGUGGGUGCAAAUGAUGAACUGCUGUAAUUAGGAAUAGUGUGGAAGCAGCCAAGUGUCCACACUCACAAAAUCAUUGGAUAGUGAUCAGACCUGGCUGUUUUCACUACUCUCCCGGAAGUAUUAAAGACAUUUAAGCUUUUCAGCUGCCACUUUGACUGAGUUGAACUAAUUCCAGUCCUAUCCAGUGACCUUCCUAUUUUUUACGCUUUAGCUCAUGACUGGAUAAACCCAAUGGCCCAGAUUGUCCUGGUUCAGCUAGAUCAAUGACCUACGCACUAAAUUCACCGUAACUGAGCUCCUCCAGUGGUCUGCUUUUCCAAACAGACUAAACCACGAUACAAAGGCAUUGAAUCCAUUGGCAGCACAGCCAUUUUAUUUGCAAGCAAGUUGAAGACUGAAUGGUGUAAUAUUAAUAUUAAUACAGUCUUUUGCAUGAGUCUAAUGUACAGUACCUGCCAAAUGCAGUACUCCUGCCUUUCUAUUCUUUCCUCAAUGGGACAAAUCAGAUAUACCACCCACCCCAAGCCACCCAGUUCUGUUCCCCUUCUGCACCUGGUUUCAUCUUCCCAUCGCCUACAAACUUGCCCCACUCGGUCAGGUCCCCUAUCCCAUUCCACCACUGGUUCAGCUGCCCGUCAUCUGGUUCCAUGGGUCACCUGUCUUGAUUAUCAGAUUCCAACAUCUUCAACUGCUUGUGUCUUCACUUAACACCUUCCAGCCUCUGUUUCCAUCCUCCAGUCCCCCUGUCUGCUUCCAUCUACCGUUUUUACCUCCUUUACCUCUCUUAUUUGUCACCAACUCCAACCAACCCUCACCUGGCUCCAUCUGCUCACCAUCAACUACCCCUCACCUAACAGCCCCUGCCUCACCCCCCUCCCUCUCAUCUUUAAUACCAGACAUCUGCCCUCUACGCUCUCACUCCUGAUGCAGGGUCUAGACGCUUAACCUCAACCAUCCCUCUGCCUCCACAGAUGUUCCCUGACCCGCUGGGUUCCUCAAACAGUUCAUUUCUGAUUCAGUCUGCAUUGUGUUUGUGACUCGUUGCAAGUUUGUGGAAGGUGCUUACAGUCGCACACUUAUUUUGUUUGCAAGUAUCUAUUGUGUUCAACUGUGUGAGCAAACUUUCAUUAAAAACAAGUGAAGUUGUUGGUUACAUCACUGACUGCCCACUAUCACUACUGUAUUUACCCAAAGUGGCAUCAGCAGGAAAACUGGUCAAAAGCCAGUAUGAUUGCCACUGUUUUCAGUCGAACUGUAAGUUCCAGUUCUUUGCAAAUUGACAACAGAAAAAAUACUAUCAGUGAAAAUCAUAUGUGAUGAGUUAUGACACUGCCGGACUCCCUGCCUAAUGAGAUUACAGGAUGACCUGUUUGGACUACAGAACAACACUGUUUGUAAUCAUUUAUUCAAAUAACAAUCUUACCGUAAUUCCGGAGCAUCUUAUCAGCUGAUCAAUAGGUUGCGGCAGUCACUAUAAAAUAUUUAACACCACUGCAAUUUAUAAAAGACACUUCCAAAAGUUUCAGAGAGGGCAGCAGAUGGUAUGAAGCUAGAAAGAAGCUACAUUGCUACACAGUCACUGCCUCACAGGUCCGCAAAGUGAAAAAACAUGUGAUAUAGCACCUGGUAAAAGGGGCUAUAAUUGAAGUUUCAUUGCAAAAAGAAAAAAGAGGAGGGGAUUUAACACUGUGAUUGCAGUUUGAUGUGUAAAAUAUAGUAAUUUUAAUUGAAUCACAGACUAAAAUAUCCCUGUGUUUGGGAGAUUGUAAAAAUGUAUGGUCCGUUUUUAUUUGAAAUAAUUUAUUUUAUUUGUAGUGAGUGCUCCCAGUUAGUCAUUAGAAUGUGUUUAGGACAGCCCCUUGUGCGAUGUUGCUUCAUUAAACAUCUAAUGUUAUUUUGUUACUUGUUUUGUAUUUACCUGUGUGAAGUCACAUAUCCACCAAUUCCCAUUAUCUGCCUGGAGAGGUAACCGAGGUUCUCUUUAGGACUGAAAUAUUUGGACUUCUCUAUCUGUACUGAUAA